UUUAUGAAAAUAAUGUCGCCGCUGAAUGCAAUUUGCUAAAUAUUCCGCGCUCCCGGUGUUUGGUUGUAUUAUUGAAAAAUGUAGAGUGUUUUUAUCCUGGUAGUUUAAACUUUUGUUCAGCAAGAUAAUGGCUAGUUUAUAUGACGAGACACUGGUAAAUUUUGAUUUAGACUUCCUACAACCAUCUGCAAAUAAUGUGGUAAGUAAGAUUGCUUUAAGACAUGACAAACAGCGACAGUCACUAUUGAAUGUGAAGAAGAAAAUUGUAGCAAGCAGUGCCCUUGUACAAAAAUUCUAUACACAAAAAGAGAGACUUGAAGAAACUGAAUGCUUGCUCUUGGCUGCAAAGGAGGAAUGUAAACAAGCUUGUAUAGAGAAUAAGGGAACUUUGGAAAAAUAUACUGAAUUAGAAAAGAAUGCGGUGAAACUCAAAGAAAGUAAUCAACAACUGGUAAAAAAUGUUGCUGACUUGCAAAACCAGGUGGAAGCAAUGAACUCACAUGCAUAUCAAUUACAGACACUUGUUAAGGAAAAAGAAUCACUGGUGGAAGCUUUAAAAAUAGAAAAAGAAUUGGAGAAAAGCAGUUUGAAGGACUAUGAGAAAAAGCUUACAUCAUAUGAAAGAGAACGAGAAGCAUUUUUAAAUGAUAUAAGGUGUUUCAAAGAUGUGGUUCUUGGUAAAAAAAAAGUUAAAGAAAUCAAACAUAUUCUAUCAAAAUAUAAAGACAUGAAAAUCUUUGAUGAUGGUAUAGAGUCUGAUAACAGUAGUGAUUUAGAUGACUUUGAGGAGAGUCCUAUCAGAUCUCCAUCACCAGUAGAUAAUAUUUUAUAUGAAGCACAAGAAAAGGAAUGUGUACUAAGUAUCACUGCCAAUAAGGAACUAUGCAAUGAAUCAAAAUUAUUAAAGAUUGAUAAAUUCAAUGAUGAUCAUGAUUCAGAUUUUUGUAAUGAGGUUAUUAGUGAAGACACUGGUAGGGGAUCUUCACUGGCAUUGUCUGAAAUGAACAGCCCAGAAAAUGAUUUUAUGGUGGGUGAUUAUAACGUAAUAAUCAAAGAACCAAUUAUUCAAGUUGAUGUUGGUACAAGCCCAAUGAGAGUUGAAGAGAAUCUUGUAUCAAGUCCAAAUAUAUUUGAUGAUGAAGUAUUACUGAGUGAUAAGAAUGCUAAGGCACCAAAAACACCUGAGUAUUUUAUUUCAGACAUUCCUUUUAGUUCAGAAAUUGUUACCAUCAAAGAAAAACGACAAUUAGUCGAUGCAUGGACAAGUCCCGUGAAGAUUCCAUUUAAUAUUGUUCAUAAAGGUACUAGUCCCAUCAUCUUUGAAGAUGAUAACGAGAAUAUUAAUGUCAUUGCCAGUCCAAUACAACCCGUUAAUCCCGAACAAGAAAACACAGACGCAUCCCUAGACGACAAUGGUACAUGCCAGAUGGAACUGAAUAGUUUGUCUAGUGGUUGUGAAUUGGAAAUAUCAAGGAAACCCAUAGAAAAAGAACCCAUUGAAAGUAUGGAUGUAAUUGAAGAAAUUAGUAAUGAUAGGGAAGUGCAAAUGAUUUUAAGAGAAAUGAAGUUACAUCAUAAAAUAAUCAGUCCUCUUCCAAAAAGACCAAAGGUGCAUGCCCACACAAUUAAGGAAGCUCAUGUAGUAUGUCCAGAAGCAAUAAAAAUCAGAGAAGAAAAUAAAACUUUAAAAACAAAUGUUGACUUUUUAUGCAAAGAAAUUAUGCUUAUUAAGAGUAUGUUAGUAAAUAAAAAUCAAGGGAAUAUACAAACUACUGAAAGUGAUAUAAGUACAUUUGGUGAUAGUCAAGAUGCUACCAUAAAGGGUGGUAAUGAUCUAAAUACUGUUGGUGAAGUUAUCAACAUAUAUGAGGAUUCAACUGAUUUUGAUUCAAGGUCUAUUGCAACAGAAUGUGAAAAUGAUCCAAUAACUUUAUUAUUUUCAAAAAUAACUCCACAAAAGUCUCAAAACAGAAUAUUGCUUGAAAAUGAGAAUACCACUGAAACUCGACUUGAACCAGACAUUAACUGUCCAGACACUAUAAUAGAUAAUAAAAGAAAACAUGAAACAUAUGAUAUUAGAGAUUCCAAUGACUUUCCUAAAAAUAGUAAAUCACCGAAUGGUUCAAGACUUAAACGACGAAAACAAACCAAACUUGAUUUAUUGAAGAAAACAAUAAUGCCGAGGAGUAAAAUAAUGGCGCUACCUGCUAGAAGAAUUAGGAAAAUUCCUCUUAAACCAAUUGUGAGAAAAGAUUUAAAGAACAAACUCUUAAAUAUUAUAAACAAUAAAGAUGCAUAUGAUAAAGCACGACAGGUAAUGGUGGAACUGAAAUCAAAAUCCAAAAUUAUAAAACAAAAAAUUGUUAAGAAAAAAGAAAAUAGAAGUAGUAUUAGAAAUAUAUCUGAUAGAUCUACUGUUAAGGGUUUCAAAAAAGACUUUGUUAAGAACACAGCUUUAAGUAAUCCAAUUACAAUUGAUAGUACAAAAGAAUCUUCUAAUAAUGAACACAUGAUUAUAAGCUCGACGAAAAAUAGACAUGCCAUGCCUUUGGCACCAUCUACUGACGACAGUAUAGAUACAAGUUCUAUUUCCGUCACUAAGGGAGACGAAGAGGUAAAAACUAUGGAUUUAGAAGAAUUAAUUCAUAAAGAUAACAAUACUGGUACUGAAAAGAUAGCAGAAGAUGAAGAAACGCCGAUUGUCGUAGAUAAUGAAAAACGAGACAAUCACACAAGUAAGGUAACUACGCCCAAAAAUAACCGACGACGUAAGCGGAUUGAUUCCGAAAGUUCUAACGUUAGUUAUAAACGAAUGCUGCGAAGUUCAAAUUUGGAGAAAAUAGAGUAUAAAGAAAAAGAAAAUAAGGACAAUAGACCUCUUAAUAUAGAUUAUAAUGAUCUAGAUAUGUUUGAUACAGCUAUUGAGACUGUUAUUGAAAAGGAAAAUGUAGAUAAAUCUGUAGGUAAAACUACGGAUGAAGAAACGGACACAAACUUACUUAAUAAAGUAAAAAGAAAAAUGAGGAUUCCUACAAAUAAUUCGGAUAAACCACAACGAUUAUUACGUAGUUCGAAUUCACAUGCAAAUAUAACGGAUACAAAUAGAGACAGAAACGCGAAUACUUUAGAAAAACCAGACGAAAAUAAAGAAAAUAAUGAAACUAAUGAAAGACUCAACAUUUCUUAUAAAUAUUCUGCUGAUACAAAUAACUAUAGUAAUAGCAUACUUUGUAAAAUGAUUAGAAAACAUGGAAAGAAUGUUAUUAAAACCUCAGCAUCGAAAGUAGCAGACAAAAUUAUAGACGCCAUUUUCGAAAAGAUAGACACGACAUUGUCAGAUAUUGUAGAGAAACCAUCCGAUCAGCUGCAGAAAGAAUUGGAUGACCUAAUUCAAUAUUUAAAAAGUCUAAAUCGGAAAGAAUUUAUAUCUGGUCUGAUGAAAUUCCUGCAAGAUCCAGCACGGAAGUUGGAAUUGUAUAACAAAACUAUUACAAAAGUUCCUAUGACAAAGAAGGAACAGAUGAUCGUAUAUAUUAUAAAGCAAAUGGAUGAUAAUAUACUUGACGAAGUUUUGAGAAAUAUAGACUUUGCUUUAUUCUGUUUGAGUCGAAAUCCUGAGUUUGAUACAAUAGAGAGUUUAUCGCAUAUGUAUGCUGUGUUAUGUAGAGUGUUUAACUUGAAGAAUCGCUUAAAAGUUUUCAUGCUGGAUGCGAUGUACUGUCUUAACUUCAAGGCGGUCGUUGUGGUUAAGCAGUGUUUGACAACUUGGCCUCAUGUAUUACCUUUGGCCCAUUUACCUCAUGCCAAAUCGCCACUACUAUUAACCAUAGUGUACUUAUUACACUUUUUGAAGUGUGACAAUCGUGGUAUGAAGCGAGCGACAGAUGUAAGAUGGCUGUUAGAUAAGAGAUACAUGUACAACUUCAGUGAGUGGAAUCAGAAUAGAGUACUUGAGAUGUUCAGCAACGCCAUCAAAACUAUCAGAGAUGAUCCUGCUGAAAGGAAUAUGUUAAGAAUGGCGAUAAUUAUCUUCGCUAAGCGGCAAGGUGUCAAAUGGUGUCAAAGGCAUAUUAUAAAUAACCUACUUUUACCAACUGUAGAGAAUGAAAAUAGUCCACAGAGGGUUAAAGUGUUUUGUAUUAAACUUCUUGGACCACUGUUCAAGGCUUAUCCAGUUAAUAUGAAAGUGCAUUGCGAAAUUAUGACCAAUCGAUUACUGGAUAUGUUGGAGCAGGAGAAUUUAUCACACGCAGUUAAGGAAGGAAUAUUCACAAGUCUAAUAUGUAUGAGUAAGCAUAGUCCCCAGCGCGUUAACAGUGCUCUGUUAAAAUGGACUCCGGAGAGCGUGUCGUCGGAGUUCGAAGCUUUGAUUAAGAGUUAUGUCAGGGAAAAACCUAUUAAGGCAUGGAAGAAGAUACUCUCCAAGACACGUUAAGUUUUUAUCACUUUAUAACUUUGAUAGAGCAGGAAGAGGAGCAGUGGUAGUUUUUGAUACCAGUAAUAUCCUUUAAGAAUUAUAUAUGUUUAUUUUACUGUCCAGUUAUGGCUAAGGCUAAAUCCACACGAUGCGGUAACGGCCGCACCGCAAUUACUUUGAACUAUAGGGUGCGAUGCGGGCAUUACGGUCUGGCGAUAUAUUUUACCUCUCCCUGCCUUAUCGCGCAGGCCACAAGUCCGGCGCUUGCGACGCCUUGCAUCGUGUGACAUGGUAUAGUAAGUUGUAUGUAGGAAGACGUUGCGGCAACGCUCCAGUAUAGUAAUUUGUAUGUAGGAUGACGUUGCGGCAACGCUCCAGUAUAGUAAUUUGUAUGUAGGAUGACGUUGCGGCAACGCUCCAGUAUAGUAAUUUGUAUGUAGGAUGACGUUGCGGCAACGCUCCGGUAUAGUAAUUUGUAUGUAGGAUGACGUUGCGGCAACGCUCCGGUAUAGUAAUUUGUAUGUAGGAUGACGUUGCGGCAACGCUCCAGUAUAGUAAUUUGUAUGUAGGAUGACGUUGCGGCAACGCUCCGGUAUAGUAAUUUGUAUGUAGGAUGACGUUGCGGCAACGCUCCGGUAUAGUAAUUUGUAUGUAGGAUGACGUUGCGGCAACGCUCCGGUAUAGUAAUUUGUAUGUAGGAUGACGCUGCGGCAACGCUCCAGUAUAGUUAUUUGUAUGUAGGAUGACGUUGCGGCACCGCACCGGUAUAGUAAUUUGUAUGUAGGAUGACGUUGCGGCACCGCACCGGUAUAGUAAUUUGUAUGUAGGAUGACGCUGCGGCAACGCUCCAGUAUAGUUAUUUGUAUGUAGGAUGACGUUGCGGCACCGCACCGGUAUAGUAAUUUGUAUGUAGGAUGACGUUGCGGCACCGCACCGGUAUAGUAAUUUGUAUGUAGGAUGACGUUGCGGCACCGCAGCGCACCGUUACCGCAUCGUGUGGCCGCGCUGUAUGACUUAACGGUGUUGCCAAUAUAAAAAUAAUUUAGCUCUGCAACCCUAAAUCCUACGACGGUUCGCUUUCCGCACUAGUGGAGUUUUGGGAGUUGGAGGCAACGAAACGGUGACGCGUUUUUGUUUUUAUUACUCGAUUUACGUUCAUAUAAAACUAUUCUUUAACUUGUUUUAAAACCGUCAAAUAUUUUUAAGUUAAUUGUAAAUGUUGAUUUGAACUUUGUUAAUUUUUUAAGAUUUAUGGGACUUUUUUGUGAAGUGGACUUUCUAUUCGUUGCUCUUAGCUGAACUUAUUGGUAAGAACUUGUAGGAAAAUACAAAAAAAUAUUGAGGUUAAAUUAAUUCACCAGAUUGGUUAAUUUCCGGUAAAAUUUUUGGCUUCAUUGUAGCUUUUAAACUUACAGUUUUAUUAUUAGUAUUAGGAAUUUGUUUUUUACAACUUUGUAUAAUUACUAAUAUAACAUUUAUAAUUCAUUUGUAGUAAUAAUUUACCACAAAUGAAUUAUGAAUGUUAUAUUAUAAACUCAACAACUCGAUUUCAUUGGUAUUUUUUGAUGGUCACGCUAAAGUCGUCUUGAGUAGUAUUUUGAAUGCAUAUCUGUAAUGAGAAUGCGCUUUCUAUUAAAAAUCGUAGCACGACUGGUGAAAAUUAGUUGAAUCCUAUUAAAUAUCAUAAAUUUAAUGCCAUUAAUAGAAAUUACUAUUAAACUAAUUUAAACUCAUAAUUUAAGGUAUAAUAAUAGUUUAAUACCAUGGAACAUAAAAGGCGAAAGAUUUAUACGUUGAAACAAACCAGAGUUAGAUUUGAGGUGAAAAAAGAUCCAAAGCUUUUCACUGAAACAAAAUAUGUACAAUGUUUAAAAUUAAAAUUGUGUAGUUCCACAAUAUGUUUGUAUUUGCUAGUCCGAUAAGUAUUAAGUCAUUUAGGGCCAAAUAAAAAUGCAUUUUAGAUAUGCACUAUAAGUUUACUAAAUAUCCUUUUCGAAUAUUUGUUUGAAAAUUAAAAUAAUGUUGCGCGCAAGGUUAUUACGUUAAAAGCCGGCAACGCACUUGCAAGCCCUGUUAUUGCAGGUGUUUAGCACUGUAGUGACCCGGCAAUGCGGUCUUGUCGGCAAAUCAUUUCGAUCUUAUACUACUUGUUCAGUAAUUUUUGCGUAUUUAAACAACUGGAUGUUUGGAAGCAUCAAAUAAGCAACAUGAAAUUUAAUUGAAUAAAUUGUAUUUCAACGUAGUAUCAGUGUUGCUUUGGCGGUCACGAAUAUAAAUAUUAUUUUUUAUUUAUAUCAUUGGCCCCUAUUUUAAACGCAUACCACCAGAUAGGAAACAUUUAAAUCAUAGUCGCAAACUCAAAGGCACAAAACAGCAUUUUAUUUCCACAUUUCACACUUAACAUUAUAAUGCAGAAAUAAUAAAUCUUUUAGCUUUGCCUUCUGCAUUAGAAUUCGCGUCAAGCCUCUGACUGAAUAUUAUCCUAAGAGUGAAAUCGGUCUUUCUAACAAUUACACAUUAUUGGUUUGUGAAGUAGCUUCUAUGAUUUAAAUAUUUACUAAUAGGAUAAGUUUUAUUAGAAUGACUAUUGUGUAAGUAACUAUUAAUUUAAGAUUACUGAUAAGGAUGGUAUUUGAAAUGGCGGUCAAAGCUCAAAGCGAUGGUAUAUGUGUUUCAAAUGGUCUGCGUACUGUGAUUUCUGUAAGCUUCAUUUUCGAAGUUAAUAAAUAUUCAAAUAACA